AUGUCUGCAUCCGAUAAGCCCGUUUUCGUCUUCGUGCCUGGCGCAUGGCACACUGCCGACACAUUCGAUAUGGUCCGGGAGCUGAUGCUCGCCCGCGGUCUGGCCAGUGAAGCUAUCGCUUUGCCGUCUGUUGGCGGACCUCUUGAGAAGGGUCUCCACGCCGAUAUCGAAUAUACCAAGACGAUUCUCCGAGAAAUGGCCGACGCGGGACGUCAGAUUGUGGUUGUGAAUCAUUCCUACGGUGGCAUGGUCGGUUCCGGUGCGGUCGAGGGCCUCGGGUUCAGACAGCGAGCUGAAGCCGGGCUUCCCGGUGGCGUUAUAAUGAUGGUUUGGAUGGCAGCGUUUGUCACUCCUAAGGGGAAAACAGUCCUGGAUCAAUUGGGUGGCAACUGGCUUCCAUGGAUGAUUAUUAAGAACCCCGAUGAUGGGUAUUGCUGGUCGUCCAGUGCCGAGCAAAUCUUUUACCAUGACAUGUCAGAGGAGGAGCAACAAAAGGCAAUUGCCAAACUCCAACCGCAGCCGCAGAAGUCAUUCAACGAGCCGGCGACGCACGAGCCGUGGCACGAGAUGCCGAGCAUGUACUUGUUCUGCGACCAAGAUCAGGCUCUACCACUGCCCGCGCAAGAGAACUUUGCCAAGAACUUGAUCGAUCCAGUUACCCAUCAUGUCAAUGGAUCUCAUUCCGCAUUCUUGAGUGUCCCGGACGAGGUUAUCGAUGGACUCGAGCUUGCAUUGAAGGAGGGCCAGCAGCGGAGUGGUGUUCUCGUUAACUAG